AUGGCUGCCGUCUAGCUCAGUGCUGCUCAGUGCGCAGCGCAGUAAGGCUGCAUAGAGUGGGUACAAGUACGCAACGUGUGCAAAGUUUCAAGCGUUUUUAAAUUAAUUAAUUACUUUAUAACGAUAAAAAUGGCACAGGGAAAGUUGAAAGUCAAAGCCAAACUUCCAGCAUCUUCUAAAGCGAAGAGCAGCGCUAGCAAAAAUAACAGUAGUAAGAAGGGCCAACCAAUCCAGCGUCGAGGAAAUGCACCAGUUCGUCCAAAGAAGACUAAAUUUGAGGAACAGAAUAAGCUGAAGAAAAUAAUUUCUAAAACAGUGAAUAAAGCGAUGGAAAAAGAAUUGAGGCAAAGAGCACUAGGAGGUAAACAAUCGCUAACAAAGAAAGAACCACCAAUUGCCAAGAAGACAUGAAUAGCUGAAAAUCAAGUAAAAAUAUUUUGUCACUUUGAUUUAAACAUAGAAAAUCAUGAAUAAUUAACGAUGGAUCAUAUUACAAAAACAUUACUGAACUUGAAUUUUUUCAUUUCAAUCACCAAAUGGAUAGCUUGGGAAUGGGUAUAAGAACUUAUUUUGAAGAGACAGUUACGUUUCUUUUAAAAUAGUGCUCUCUGUUAUUCACAUGCCCCAUAGUAGAAUUAUUGUGGUACAUAUAAUAACGGAUUUUAUUAUUAUACCUUAGUGAAGUGUGCAGUUAAUAAUCCUGUCUAAUUAUUACUGGCAGUUUCUCUUUUCGCAUGUCACGUUCUACGUAAUGUAUGCUUAUCAUUUGUUGGCGUGUUUAAAAAACUAUAUAAAUAAUUAAUAUAUAAUA